GAGAGUCAGAGACAGAGAAGGUUCCUAGAAACAAGAUGAAGGUAUUUGUGCUUUUCACUUUUGCUGUGCUGGGCUGCAGUCUGGCUGGAGCUCGUAUAGUCUCCAAAUGUGAACUGAGGGAUAAACUGAAAGAGAUGUUCGAAUCCCUUCCAACCAUGAGGGAUACAGGAAUGGAAGAGGGCCGCUUCCUCGCCAAGGUGGUCUGUCAUGUGGAGCAGCGCUCAGGCUUCAACACCAGUGCUGUGACUGAAAAGGCUAUCAAUAAUGCACGAGCAGCACAAAUGUUUGGGGAUGAUGAAGUGACUCUCUACGGCCUUUUCCAGUUCCCUGAGGGUCUGGUCUGCAGCAGCGACAGCAAGUCAAUGCCCAACAUGUGUAAUCUUGCUUGCGAGGAACUGACUGAUGACAACAUAUCUGAUGACAUCAAAUGUGUGGGGAAGCUCUUCACUCUGAUGAUGAAGAAAGCCUUCAUGAUGGAAAAACCAGAGAAGCUCUUUAAAGUCCUGAAGAAUCUCAUUGACGACGACUGCCAUGAUGUCAAGGACUACUUCAGCGAUUGCUGAGAAAGCUCCAAACAUCUUUAAAUCUCAGUAGAAUGAUCAGUCUUCUUCACCAUGUUCAAAAAUCUUAUCAAAUAAAACUUUGAAGCAUG